AUGAGCGCAAUGGAAGGAGGAAGCUCGCACAAUCCUCAGCCACAGGAAGUUCUUCCUCCAGGCAAUGCAGACCAUGGAACUCUGGGAGACAAGAUCGUGAUCGCGCUAGUUGGUCUUCCUGCCCGAGGAAAGACUUACAUAGCAAAGAAGCUGCAGCGGUACCUGUCGUUCUUCCAUGGAGCGCCGACCAGAGUUUUCCACUUGGAGACGUACAGGAAGAAGAGAUUCAGCGAGAGGAACGAGAGCGACUUCUCGUUCCUCUCCGACGAGACGAAGGAGAGGGAGGUGUGCGUGUUGGACGCGCUAAACGACAUCAAAGACUUCAUUGAGUCCAAGUCCAACAUCAUCUUUGUGGAGUCCGUGUGCGAGGAUCAGACGAUCGUCGAGCAGAACAUCAGGGCCACGAAGUUAAACCUGCCGACCUACCAUGGCAUGUCGGAGGACAGCGCGAUCGAGGAUUUCCGCAAUAGGAUCCUGAACAACACAAGUCACUACCAGACCAUGUGUGAGGCAGACAAGGACUUCAGUUGGAUCAAGACUGUUGACGGGGGGAAGCAGGUCGUCUUGAACAAGAUCUUCGGGUACCUCCCCGGCCGCAUCGCCUCGUUUGUCAUGAACCUGCACACGACUCCCAAGAGCAUCUACCUCACCCGCCAUGGCGAGAGUAACUACAACGUAAAGCAGAAGAUCGGAGGAGAUACAGAGCUUUCUCCACAUGGCGAGGAGUUCGCUACCUGCCUGGCCAGGUGGGUGCAGGACAACGUGGACGAGGACGAGGACGAGGACGAGGACGAGGACGAGGACGAGGACGAGGACGAGGACAAGGACGAGGACGAGGACAAGGACAAGGACAAGGACAAGGACAAGGACAAGGACAAGGACAAGGACAAGGACGAGGACUAG